GUGGCGCGGCUUGGACCGGACCGAUGGCAGGGGAGAGGGUGCACCGAUAGGUCUCAGAUGGAGUUUUAAAACUAGACAGAAUUUCCUGAUGCAUCAGAAGUGGCUGUGAAAGAAAGAAGGGAAUGAAGGACCAUCAGUGUUUUUGUUUGUUUGCUUCCCCCCCACCCACCCCCGAAAAUCUCGCGAAGGGUGGAGCUGGGGAAGAUCGCGCAGGAGCACGCUUUAGGGAGAAGAGUAGGAGCUGGAUUUGGGACAGAGUAAUCCCGAGAUUACCUUUGGCGUGCAGUGUCCCGCGGGUAGCUUGCUCACUCCAGUCUCAAGUCCUGGGGAGGGAUCUGCAUGAAGCCAAGGGCGGGUAGGUACUGUCCGGACCGGGGCAAGGCCCAGGACUCCUAUUUAGGAAGAAUUGUCAAGUUAAUAUCUCAGACGGGCUUGGAGGCGGGGCCCCUGCUGGAGUGGGGGAUCCCGUGGUCCGAAGUGGUUCUGGUCGGUGUGUGAGGCAGUGGAGGGUUACAGGACCGGAUGGUUGCCACUCCAGGCCCAGCAGGACCAUCAUGUCUGCCCCUUGCAGAGAAAACGGAAGGCCAGUCCGGUGUGUGGAGCAGCCCCUUUAGGUGCUUAAGUAAGGCUGCAUCAGGACCGCCCUAAGGAGAGCGCACAGCAAGCAGCCAGGUGGCCGCCGGGGCUGGUACUCAGGCCCAAGCUCCCAGCUUAUCAACUUAUUUGCGUCCAGACUGUGCAGAGGCUCGUGAGGGGUGUCCCUGCUCAGUUCCCAUCUGUGUGGCCUCCGGGAUUCUGUGACUCUCCCGCUACUCUCCCCACCCUUCCGUCCUUGACCCCCGGCAGGGCCACAUGACCUUCGAGGACGUGGCUGUCUACUUCUCGUGGGAAGAGUGGGGUCUCCUUGAUGAAGCCCAGAGACUCCUGUACCGCGAUGUGAUGCUGGAGACCUUUGCACUGAUGGCCUCUCUGGGACUCGGGUCUUCCAGGAUUCAUGAGAUUACCCAGUUGGAGUGGUGGAGAGAGCCCUCUUUGCCUCCCCAUGGAGUCAUGACCGCAGCUGUGCCAAGAGGUGUGCGGCGUAGAGCAGAGGUGGAGGAACCGCCUUCUGAGCGGAAAGGUUGUGUUGAAGGAGCGUUCAGAGCAAAACUUCAACAGCAGAAGCUGCACUGUGGAGAGAGACCUUUGAGAAGACAAGAGGGUGGGGACAGUGGAAAGGACUUCCCAGUUAGUGCUGGUUUUCUGGCCCAUCAAGUGACCCAUAGUGGAGGGAAGCCAUGCCAGAGCACCGGAGACGGGGAAGCCUUCCACCCUGGAAAAAGGCAUUACAAAUGCAAUGAAUGUGGGAAAGCCUUUGGUCAGAAAUACUUACUUGUUCAGCACCAGAGACUACACACUGGAGAAAAGCCUUAUGAGUGCAGCGAAUGCGGGAAAUUAUUUAGCCAUAAAUCAAACCUUUUUAUACACCAAAUAGUUCACACUGGAGAAAGGCCUUAUGGGUGUAGGGAGUGUGGAAAAUCCUUCAGCCGCAAUGCCGACCUCAUUCAACACCAGAGAGUCCACACUGGAGAAAAACCUUUUACAUGCAGUGAAUGUGGAAAAGCCUUCAGGCAUAAUUCCACGCUGGUUCAGCAUCACAGGAUCCACACUGGGGUGAGGCCUUAUGAGUGCAGCGAAUGUGGGAAGUUCUUUAGCUUUAACUCAAGCCUCAUGAAACACCAGAGAGUUCACACUGGAGAAAGACCUUAUAAGUGCAGUGAAUGUGGGAAAUUCUAUAGCCACAAGUCAAGCCUUAUUAAUCACUGGAGGGUUCACACUGGAGAAAGGCCUUAUGAGUGCAGAGAAUGUGGGAAGUUUUUUAGUCAAAGCUCUAGCCUCAUGCAACAUCGAAAAGUUCACACUGGAGAAAAGCCUUUUAAGUGCAACGAAUGUGGAAGAUUCUUCAGCGAGAAUUCCAGCCUUGUUAAACACCAGAGGGUUCACACUGGAGCGAGACCUUAUGAGUGCAGGGAAUGUGGGAAAUUUUUUCGCCAUAGCUCCAGCCUUGUUAAACAUCGGAGGAUUCACACUGGAGAAAUGCCUUAUGAGUGCAGUGAUUGUGGGAAAUCGUUUAGCCAGCGUUUCAACCUCCUUCAACACCAGAAAGCUCACAGUGGAGAAAGGUCUUGAAUGUAGCUAAUAUGGAGAAGCCUUUUUUACCAAAGGUCUGCUCUGAUUCAGCAGCGGAAGCUUCAGUCCAGAUAGGCCUCAUGAAUACAGUAAAUGUGAAGAGUCUUUUGGCUUCAGCCAAAGACUUACCCUUGUUGGGCAUCAGAACGUUCCGACUGGAGAGCAGCUAUGGGAGCAACAGGCGGUGUGGUCUCCCGGGCAACCUGACUUCACACAGAGGAGCCGUGCAAGUGGCCUUUAUGAGGGAGCCGCAGGAGGACAUCACUCCUCCAGGUAUGCUGACAGACUGCCUCCCUAGAAGGCCGGCCCCUGCCUGGGAGCUCUGGGAGGAGGGAGCCCCGUGUUCCUGCAUGUAGCCAUUUGGUGCAGAGAUUUCACCCAUGUCGUUGGGAUGGGGAGAGGGAAUGGUCUUGGUUCAUAUGUAACUGGCUCUUGCUGUUCUUACUGAGUAUUAGAUGUUCUUGAGGAAAUGUGUCUUCCUUUGCAGUAUACCCUUAGCACUGUUUCCAGAGACCUUAAGUUGUGUUUUUAUAAUUUUCCCCAAUUUUAAUAAGAAGAAGGCCCACAAAGGUCCUCACAGUGUCAUGUAGGAAGUUCAUCUAUUUAACUUCAUAAGAACUUGCCAAGUUGUAUCCCAGAUAGUUAGGCCAUUUCAUAUUUCCUCCUAGAGUAUAUUUGAUUUCCAGUGUCUUCACAUCAUUGCUGACCUUUGUAUGUAAGACGUGGGCCAUUCAUUCUUUUCACCCAUUCUCAUAGGUGUGUGGUUUUCAGUUGCAUCCCCCUAGUGGCUCAGUGUUGAGCAUCAGUCUGUGUUUCUCUCCCACCCAUGUAUCUUCCUUAGGGAAUUAUCUGUUCAUGUUUUUUGCCUACUUUUAGAAAAAUUGGUUGGUUUCUUACCAUUUCGUGAUUUGAUAUAUUCUACAUAGAUAGAAGUUCCUCAUUUGGUAUAUCUUUCCCAGUGUUUUCUUACAGUCUGUGCCUUUGCUUUUCAUUUGUUAACAGUCUCUUUUAGGGCAGAAUUUAUUAAUUUUCACAAAGUUCAAUUUAUUUAUUUGUUAGCGACUGCACGUUUGGUAUUCUAUUCUUUUACUCUUAUGGGACUGUCUUUGCCGGUGAAUAAAAGUCUUUCUGAGUAUUCUGGAA